AUGUCUCGAAUCAUACCUCGACUGGCGCGCUUGCGUACACGACCCUCACUUAGCGAGUACCAUGAGAUUGAGGCAAGACUCAAAAGCUCUCACUGGGAUCUUUUUGACGACUCAAUAUCUGCCUAUCCUGCAAAACAAUUGUAUGCCACUUUGCAAUCGGUAAUUAAUCCCACCGCUCGAUUUAUGAAUGAAAACAUGGAAAGUUUGAACAAACGCUUUUGCAAAGGAAAGACGGUUCCCUACGGAUACUCUAUGAUUUAUUGUAACCCUAUUUCUGGCGAGAACGAGCUAGGAUUCGAUGGUUUCGACAACUACCAUGCUCCGUGCACUGAAGAUAAAGACUAUUUUUAUAGGCGGAUGUGGGUUGCAGGGAGUUUCCAAUUCAACCCAGAUAGACCCUUGAAGUUUGGAGAUGAAGUUAGGUUUACCGAGACUGUCGAUAAAAUAAGGCAAUACAAGCGAUUGGAGCAAAUCGGAGUGGACUACAAACGCGAGUACAAAGUGGACAAUGUGUUGUCAAUUAUUGAAACCAGGAAAUUGUACUACAUACAGAAGACCUAUACGGAAGAGAGGUAUCACCUUGUUGAGGAUUCUGAGCCGGACCACACCGUCGUGAUUGUCCCCUCUACAGUGUCCAUCUUCCGAUCCAGUGCAUUAAUGUUUAAUUCCCAUCUUGUCCAUUACAAUCCCAUAUAUGGCUCCCGAUACGAGGAUUAUCCUUCAAUAAUCGUUUCUGGGCCAUUACUGGUUCAGCUGAUGCUCCACUUUUGGCAACAGCACAAUCCAGAUGCCACAGCACUGUCACUCAAAUACAAAAUUAUCAACCCAUCGUUUGCCAACGAAAGAAUUGAUCUGUGCAUCAGGAAGACAUCCAAACAUAGACACAGACUCUGGGCAAACAGCAGAGAUGGUGAUCUCUGUUUUGUGGCCGAUCUGAUUAUUGCAUAA